AUGCGCUCUGCGCUCGCCAGCGACUCGGGUGCGGUCAACCCCACCAGACCAUCGGUGGGGAAAAAAAGGGGGCGAAGGAAGACCCCACUAUCAACGUCCGACGACGGCGGCGCGUCAUCCUCCAGCACCGAGGUGCCGGAAAAGACGAUGGCCAUCGAGGAGGUGGCUCCGGUGGUUGCGGGGCCUGCCGCAAAGAAAGAGACGAUGCCCGCUCCCCAGUGGGCACCAGUAAGGAGGAGGGGCGCAGUGUCACCAGCGACGUCGGUGGAGUCGAUGUCGACGUCGGCCGCGUCCCUGGCUAGCGGGGACGAGGCAUUCCGCGACCUCGACCUUGCGCUGGUCAAUCUGGCUAAGCUGCUGUCGACCGUGGCUGCCAAGGGCGCCGAGCCAGGCAGCAGCUACCGGAAAAGGCUCCGGGAGGGAGCGGCUAUGGUUAGGACAAAGUUGAUCCCCACCAUGUCCAAACUCGUCGCGCAGCUGGACUCUAUGGAGAGUCGCAUUCUGAGGAACUCCCCCGUCUUGCAAGAGGGGACUCCCUUGUCGCCGAUGCCUGCGCUGGCACACUCUGGGCCUCCCGCGAGGAAGAUGGAUACCAGCGUGCCCUCACGACCCGUGAUGAGUGUGGCGGCGCCCAUGCCAGCGCCUACUUCUGUGGCCCCUGUUCCACGAGUGCCUACUCCCGCGCUCCCUCACCCCCCGCGGAGGGUUGAGCUGAGGCCUGCGCCGCCUCCCCAAAUAUCGGCCACCCCUGCAUCCGUACAAAGAGGAAGGUUAAGGCCUGCGCCAGCACAGGCUGAAGACAUCCGUUCGCCACUGGCGAGGAUGAUAGACGAGUGGCCGGCGCUGCCGCGGCCCAGGCCUGCAGAGCCGCCAAGCAGAGAGGAAAUGGCGGCCUGCAUCUCGCGGGCGGUGGCGGUUGAGGUCCGCAAACACUUUGCCGGCCUCGAGGAGAUGCUCCGCUCCUCGAUUGGUUCCGGAGAUGGCGUCCCGGCACCAACAGCCACGACCGCUUUACGGGAUCAGGCCGCCCAGCCGACUUCCACUCCUGCCCCAUCCGCAAGGGUGGCACGACGUGGAGGCCGGAAUAUCAGAGGUGCGGGUGCCCAGAAUCCCGGCCCGCGAUCCCAACCACAGCCUCGCCCCCUUCCUCCGCCCCCGUUAAGCAUGGACGAGGGCUGGACAGAAGUGGUGAAGCGGGGCACCACAGCACGGCGACAGAUAGCAGCUCUGGCAGCUCCCCGAGGGGGUCGAGCGCCGACCGCUACAUCCCGAAACACAGCGCUGGCGGCCGUGACUGCUCCCCGCGAGGGUCGAGCACCGGCCGUUGGCAAAAAGAAAAACAAAAGGAAGAAGCCGCGCGCAGCGGGGUCGGCUGCCGUGGUAGUGACUUUGCUGCCGGCCGCUGCCGAAAAGGGCCUCACCUAUAAUGAGGUGAUGGCCCGGGCGCGUGCAGCUGUAAACUUGACCGAAAUCGGGGCAGAGGAAGGUCUACGCUUCCGGCACACCGCCAAUGGGGCGAAAAUGCUGGAGUGUCCCGUUGAUAAAACCCUGGACAAUCAGACGAAUAAGAAAUAG